AUGGUAUUCCGUGCCGAACGAACUUUGAGCGGGCACCGCAAUAUUGUUGUGAGUUGUUGUUUCUCUCCAGACGGGAAGAAGGUUCUCUCUGCUUCACAUGACUCGACAUUGAAGAUAUGGCUGGCGUCUGACGGUGCGUUGCUGCAUACCCUGAGCGGGCACGACGCUGUUGUUAAUAGUUGUUGUUUCUCUCCAGACGGUAAGGAGGUUCUCUCUGUUUCAGUUGACUGGACAUUGAAGAUCUGGCUGGUGUCUGACGGCGCGUUGCUGCAUACCCUGAGUGGGCACGACGGUGAUGUUUAUAGUUGUUGUUUCUCUCCAGACGGGAAGAAGGUUCUUCAGUUGACUGGACAUUGA